CUUUCCAUCCAAUUCUCAUCCUUUUAUCAAACCAAGUUGUUUUUGGUUUCUGCAAUUAAUCUUUCUUUCUUCAAGUUUCUGUAAUGGAUGAUAUUGAUGUUCCUUCGUUUUUCAUCUGCCCGAUCUCUCUUGAGAUUAUGAAGGAUCCCGUCACAGUUUCAUCCGGGAUUACAUAUGACAGGGAGAGCAUCGAGAAAUGGUUGUUUUCAGGGAAGAACACGACAUGUCCGGUUACAAAGCAAGUUAUUUCGGAUUGUGAACUUACCCCAAAUCAUACCCUCAGGCGAUUGAUUCAAUCUUGGUGCAUGUUGAACGCUUCCCAUGGAAUCGAACGGAUCCCGACGCCGAAGCCGCCGAUCAGCAAAGCUCAGAUUAUCAAGCUUCUUAACGAUGCUAAGUCACCGCAGCAACAGAUCAAGUGUCUCAAGAGUCUACAAUCGAUCGCUUCCGAAAAUGGUACAAACAAAAGGUGCAUGGAAUCUUCAGGCGCUGUUGAGUUCUUGGUUUCCAUUGCCAAUAAUUCAAACUCUUCAGCAUCAGCAGCUGAGGCUUUAAGCAUCCUCUACAAUCUCCAACUCUCAGAAGAUUCUCUCAAGAAUCUUAUCUGUAAAAACAGUGAUUUCAUACUUUCAUUAACGAGAGUAAUGCAACGUGGAAGCUACGAGUCUCGGGCUUAUGCAGUUCUCUUAUUGAAAUCGAUGGUUGAGGUAGCUGAUCCGAUGCAGCUCAUCAACUUGAGACCCGAACUCUUUGUCGAAUCAAUCCAAGUUUUGCGUGAUCAAAUAUCAAAGCAGGCCUCAAAAGCUUCUCUACAAUUGCUGGCAACUAUUUCUCCAUGGGGAAGAAACAAGGUCAAGGCCGCCGAAGCCGGCGUGGUACCUGUUCUAAUCGAUCUGCUUCUCGAUUCAUCCUUGGAGAGAAGGGCUUGUGAGAUGGUACUAACAGUGCUGGAUGCAGUAUGUAAAUGCGCCGAAGGCCGGUCCAAGCUGCUACUGCAUGGAGCGGGACUCGCCAUUGUUUCGAAGAAGAUACUUAGGGUUUCUCAGGUUGCAAGUGAAAAAGCAGUGAGGAUUUUGCUGUCCAUUUCCAAGUUCUGUGCCACCACUAAGGUUCUUCAAGAGAUGCUUCAGUUAGGGGUUGUGGCCAAAUUGUGCUUGGUGCUUCAAGUGGAUUGCGGAUUCAAGACUAAAGAGAGGGCUAGAGAGGUGCUCAAAUUGCAUGCAAGAGUGUGGAAGAACUCUCCCUGUAUACCAAGCAACCUCAUCUCUUCUUAUCCAGCUUGAUUCUAGAGUUUCAGUUUUUGCAGGUUAUCCAUACUUUUGUACAUAUAAUUGUUGAUUCAUAAAAUUAUGUAGCAAUAGCAAUUACAUACAUGGGCAAAAAAACUAGUGCCCUCACAAAUUCAAAGUAUAAAUUUUAUGGCAAAGAUUCCUUCCCA